GGCUCUCGGGAGAUUCGCUAGGUGGAGGGAUUGGGUAGGCUUAGCUGAGGUUUUCCGAUCUCCAGAGGUGUAGACGCUCCUCACUGUGUGGUGAGUUUCAAGGAGAGGGCUCAUUUCCCACAGCCCAACUUCUGCGUACUGAGGAGACCCUUCUAGAAGGGAGGGGAGCGGAACGGCUCGUUCGGAACUCUCAGUGGAGUUGCGGGGUGGCCGGCCACGACCCAGAGCUGCCCCGCGGCUCAGCUUCCAGAGCUCAGAAGGAAUGGUGCAGAGGAGGAGAAAGUGUGUAGGUCAUAACCCGAGGAGAAGAAUGAGUAGUAUUCACCCCAAAAUGGAAGUGUGUCCGUAUUGUAAGAAACCAUUUAAACGAUUAAAAUCCCACUUGCCAUACUGUAAGAUGAUAGGACCAACCAUACCUACUGAUCAAAAAAUUUCUCAGUUAAAGCCGUCUACGCAUCCACAUGCCACAAAAGUGAAGGAGCUGAUCAGAGACUUAACUGAAGCCAAAGGGAAAGAGUUUAAGACAAAGGGCAAAGAAAGAAAUGCCAAAUCAAGACAGGACAAAGCAGGACAAACAAGUGCUUCCUGUCCACAACUAGCUGUUGACUUGAAAAGAGUAAGUAGUUCAAAGGCAGUUAAAGACAUCAAGGAUCAAAAUCAGUUUGCCUUCAAAAUGUUAAAUCACACUGAGCCGAAGAUUACUUUCCAAGGAGAAUCUAAAGCUAAUUUUUAUGCAUCGAAAGACAGUUCUAAAAGAGAACUUGCCAAAGAUGUGCGUGUGUUAGAAGAAAGUAGGUAUAAUCCUUCAGAAAUGGAAGCAUUGUUACCUACAGACUCAAUGGAACCGUCUUUGUUGAAUCAAGAUAAAAAAUAUUCCUCAUCUUUACCUAAUAAUGUACAAGCCACAUCUGUAAAUUUGAAACUGGACACAGUUGAUCCCCAAAGACAGUGGCAUCUUGUAAAAUUACUAGGUACGCCUACAGGUGAUCACCAUCAGUCUCCAAAGAAUCUCACUGAUAGAGUUCAAAAAAUAACAGUAGCAGUGCUGAGCCAGGUGAGAGAUUCCAGAGACGGAGAUCACCUCCCAGGAGCCUUAACUGGUAUUGAAGAUUCUGAGACUCAGGAAAAGAACCCAGAAUCACUAGUUAGAGGCCUUCACGUUAGCCCAUUAGCUGAAAUUCAAGUCGAGGAAAAUGAAGGAAAAGGACUUGGCUUUGGAGUAGAGCAGUGUGGGAGCAAAGAAAAUGCAGAGAAAAGUAUCCUUGCAACAGAGAUGCAGAAGUGGGAUUCUGUUAGCUGUGGCUCUGCGAACUCUAGCUCUGGUCAUUCAGCCACAGAAGAGAAAUCAAAAGACGAAGGUCCAGUUUUAAAUGUGUUCACUGCACGGGAGACGGCUGACGGUGAGUUUUUUCCUGUACCACAGUCAAAUAAUCAAAGUCUUGCCUCUCUGGCUAUGAAAUCUCUUCAAGAAGAGAGGGCAGAAGUCUUCAGUCAUAAUCAAGUCCCUGGUGUAAGGCUGUUAGGAGAAAGUAAGGAACAGAUGUCUCUGGAGCCCAAAUCUGGCUGUCAGCCCAAGGCUUUGCAUACCAGGUACCAGCAACCAACAUAUUCUACACAGCAUCACCUUUGUAAAAGCUCCUUCAUUAACGACGUUGGUGCCACAGAGAAAAAGACCCUUUCCAGCUCCAUGGGGCUGGAAUGGUUUCCAGAGCUCUAUUCUGGUUAUCUUGGACUCGGAGUAUUGGCAGGGAAGCCUCAGUGUUGGAACUCAAUGGCCCAGAAGCCUCAGCUCACCCAUCCUCAGUGGGGAAGUCUCUCACAAGUUCCCUUUUUGGAAAGAAGUUCGGCUGAUCUAAGGAGUUUGGAACCCUCGGCCAGGCUUACAACCUCCACCUUCCCUCUAACAAGGUUCUUGGGAGCUGUACAAAAAGGCUGGAUCCGGUGCAGCACUACUGUAAAGAAGAGUGGAGUCGGCGGCAUCACGAUGCUCUUUACCGGGUACUUUAUCCUGUGCUGUAGCUGGAGCUUCAGGCAUUUGAGUAAGCCUUUUGCAUUUCUAGCCUGUCUUACAGAUCAUGUCCUAUUGCAGGGACACCAGGGAUUCUCAGAAUGGCUUUCAUACUAGCUUUGCAGUAUCUGACAUGACCUAGGGGAUGAACUCUUACUGGGGCUUCUGGGAGUUGUUUUAGAGGUUUUGUUUAUAAUAGGCUUUAUAAGACUUGAGUAGAAUUUACAUUAUUUUUCUUGUCCCCCACUUUAUGUUGUCACUGGGAGUCUGAUUUCUCCCAUCAGCUGUUUCCCUGUCAGAGGAAAGGAACUCUCCUUAGUCCCCAAAAGCUAAAUUUUAGCAGUCAAAUAGAACAGCUUUGACCAUGAGAGAGGAGGAACAGAACACUGUUGCCAUUUGUAAAUGCGCUGAGACUUACAGGUCUUGAUCUACCUUUUAGAGUUCAAAGCAAACUCCCUUCUAAUUGUGAAAUUCAGCUUACACCAAAUUUUAACCAGAAGGAAAAUGCCUGAAUUUAAUUUUUUAGUUCAAAUAAUGUUUGAGUAUCAUAUAAAAACAUCUUAAGGGGGGGGCUGGGGAUUUAGCUCAGCGGCAUAAGCGCCUGCCUUGCAAGUGUGCAGUCGUGAGUUCGAUCCCUGGUACCGAUAAAAAACGAAAAAGACAAAAAAAAAAAAAUCUUAAAAUUUUUAAAAGUAGUUUAUAGGAAGCUAUCAAGUAAUUAUAGCUUUUUUCCCUUUCUCUUUUUUUUUACUUUUUAUUUUGGUGCCACUGAAGAUCAAACCCAGGGCCUCAGCAAUGAGAUAUAUCCCCCAGUGCUUUUAAAUUUUUUUUAUAUUGAGACAAGGCCUUGCCACGCUGCCCAGGCUGAAACUUGCAGUUCUUCUGCCUCAGCAUCCCAGGAUGCUAGCACCGAUAAAAAGGAAAAAGACAAAAAAAAAUCAACAACAAAAAAUAUCAUUGAGUAUUUUUGGCUAGAAUAAUGCCAGGUGAAUAGGAGGUCAUCCAGCAGGAAUGGGGCCCCAGUACUCCCUGUAUCCUGAGUUGUAAAGUGUAACAGCCAGUUCUUACGUAAAGCACUUAGCCUUUGGUGAAAUUGGAAUCUCUACAUGAAUGGAGAGACCCAAAAGCAAGAGUUAUUUCUCCCAGAGAAAAGAGUUUCCCUUAGGAUUCUACCACUCCAAAAAGAUUAUGAGUUGGAUGUGGUGGUACAUGCCUGUAAUCCCAGUGCUUGCUCAGGAGACUGAAGCAGGAGAAUCACUGCGAGUUGGAGACCAGCCUGAGCUACAAUGUGAGCUCAAGGCCAAUCUAAACUGCACAGUAAGACACUGUGUCAAAAAGACAAAAAGAAAAAGGAAUUAUGUAGCAGAUAGUUGGUAUUUCUAAGUAGAUAUUUGCUAGACAUUGCAUUUUUCGUAUCUCCAAUUCGAGACUGAAGUGAAACAGGACCAUGUUGUACCCAAGACUGUUUCCAAAUUUGAGAAGCAAGAAUAUACAAGCUGGGGAGGGGUCGGGUUCAGCACUAGAGUACCUGCCUACCGGGCCUGAGGCCCAGGCUCAAUCCUCAGCACCACCAGAAAAAAAAAUUUGCCACAUGUUGACAGCUGCUUAGGUGGUUCCCCGAGCCAGUGACACAAGAACGAAGGGAACUGAUCUGUGGGAAGACAGGGUAGCAGCACUCAGUGGAAGCGGCCACUCGGAUCCUUACGUUUGUCUCUGUUUGUCCAAAGAGCUGCGUCGCUGGCGUAAGUAACACUGAUGCGGACGCCACUAGUAGAGCGCUGGAUGCGCAAGGGCAGCCCAGCGGAGACAGGAGACAGCAGCGGUGCGGUGCGGCGGGAGCAGUGGAUGUGUGGGCGGGGCGGGGCGGGGCGGGGCGCACGGAGAAUAAACACUGGAGUCCAACCCAGCACCGGAGGAGGUAAACUGUUCCUUAAGGCGGACGGACGCACCUGGGUCUGUGUGGGUGUUCCUUUAGCUCCUCUCAAAAGUGAGUCAUGAUUAUUGGAAAACAACAGUUUUGUUUAAUCAUAAAAUUGUUGUUCAGGGAGAUGAGAUGAUAAAGUGUGCCAUUUAAACUAAAACACUAUUUCUCAACUUUAUGAAAACUGGUGACUUUAAGUCUUUACUUUUUUUCUUGGUACUGGAGAUCAAACCCAUGACCUUGUACUUGUCAGGCAGGCGCUUAUGCCACCGAGCUAAAUCCCCAGACCUCAGACUUCAAGUCUUUAUAUUUUAAUCUUCCUAAAAUUUUAAAUCUUACUCUGCAAUUAAUUUUAAAUCUUUCUUCCUAAAGUUGUUCUCUAAACCUUGGUGUUUUACCAUUGGUCUUUACCAGAUACUAGAUUGCGUAUAUACUGAUAGACGAUAGUGCCCAAACUGGCAGAGAAUACCCUUACCCACGGCGUCCCCGCUCCCUUAGGCAGAUGCUGACAGAUGUAAAAGGGAAGCAAAGACUGAGGGCCGGGGGGCAGAGCAUUCUUGAAGGAAACCCUUGCAAACAUUCCUGCACAUGUGUUUCUACACUGAUUAAAAUAGAAAAGGGCACUGUCCUGAGCCGUAAGGCAGCUUCUGUCUUCAGUUAGCAUGGGAGUGGGCGCGCAGCUUCCCUUUAUCAUCUGUCUCUUCCUGGGAACUUCAGAGUUUCACCCCAGCCCUCUCAGGAAAAGGACUUCGUGCCCGUUUUCCGUAAAGCGCUUGGCACCGUGUGCCGCUGCCCUCACCACCCAGCCUGUCCCCGUAUGGAGAUUGGUCCAAACCCCUUGCACUGGACCCCAAGCACUUUUUAAAAAAAUUUUUGAGACAGAGUCUUGCUGUUUGGCUAAGUUGUGAACCUGCCUCAGCUUCCCAGAAUGCUGGGGUUAUAGGAGUGUGCCACCAGCCUGGCUAGGUGCAUCCCCUGAAAUGAGAUGUGUUGGGGUUCUCUCCGUAUCUCCCCAUCUGUCUUUAAGGUCAAAAGUUCUCAGGGUAGAAGGUCAGUAGAACCUCCUGAUAGCAUCCUCUUUCCUAGUCUCCUCAGCAGGGAGUAGCAGAUAACUGCACCCCAUAGGCCAAAUCUCAACACCAGGAGGCCGAGGCAGGAGGAUUACCAUAGGUUCAUAGCGAGAUCCUAUCCAAAAAAAAAAUUACUGUAAAUAAACAUGUGUCACUUGCCAUAAUCAGAAUGCUAAAACAAUGAAAACUUCAGUCACAGUAAAUAUCCUGCACCCCUGAACAUUUGUUGCUUGAAGAAUAGGCCUACUUAAUGAUCUGCUAGUCCUAAAGGGUUAUCAUGUUGCCGAAUGUAAGACAAAGGUGAGAGCCCAAGAAGGGACCAGGUAUAUAGAGUCCCGGCUACUCAGGAAGCUGAGACAGGAGGAUGCCAGCCUUGGCAACUUAGCUAGACCCGGUAUCAUAAAGGAAUGGUGAUGUCACUAGUGCUCCGGGUUCAAUCCCUGUUACCACCACCACCACCUCAGCUGUGAAGGAAUACACCUGUCGUCUCCAGUGUGCAGUAUGAGUGUAAGCUAUCUCAGUAGAGUGUGUUUUAUUUAUCUAUGCAAAUAUCUUCAUGGAGGCACUUGCAUAGCCAGUCCCAGUCCUGUAUGGAUCAGGUAGAUUACCAGCUUUAUCCAAAAAGCCCAGAGAUUCUCCUCAGCGCUGGAGUGGUGACAGGUGACACUGUUGCCUGCAGAAGCCAUUGUGCCUCACGUGUCAGGCAGCACAGCUGCUUUUCAUGACACUGAGGGAAAAAGAAUGCCUGUGACAUGGUCUGCCUUUUAAAUAAUCGUCUUAAUUUUCUGUCAAACCCAUGCUCUGUCCCUUGCUUGGUGUUGGCAGGAGCUUCCUUGGGUAAGUGGCAAUGGUAAGAUUUUGCUUGCAGGGCGACAGCUUGAACUCCUGAGCAAGUCCUCCAGCAAUGUGCCUAGAAAUUCAGCAUGAGACUCCAUGCAAGACAUCUAGUUCACCCACCUAUCGUCCUGCGGAAGCAUCUAAACAGUCUUCAGGCCAUCUUUGUCCUCAGCAAACUUGGUGUUAAACGUUAAUAAUGUUCUAGGAGCUGAGGCAAGAGCGUGACAAGUUUGAGCCCAGCCUCAGGAACUUAACGAGCGCCUGUCCCCAAUUUUCAAAAGUGCUGAAGAUGUCGCUCAGUGCAAAGGCCUUUGGUUCAGUCCCCAACAUUUCAAAAAAGAGAAAAGAAGACAGCUUGCCUUAGGCUGCAGCCAGAACUCAGGUGCAAAUGGAUGAACCCUGUGCUGCCUAGCUUGCUUAGUCCUAAGUGGUAAUUGAAAUACAAAGGUUGCAGGGAAACAGUGUGUUUCUAAACAUAAAAUAUUAAGCUGUUAGGCGCUGUGGCGUAGGCUGUAAUCCCAGUUGCACGGGAAGCUGAGAUGGAGUGACGACAAGUUCAAGGCCAGCUUGGGCAACUUAGUAAGUCUGUGUCUCAAGAUUUUAGAAAGGCCAGGGACAUGCCUCAGUAGUAGAGCGCAGGCUUAGCAUGCAUGAGGACUAGGAUUCUGUCUCUACCAAAAAGAGAAUGGAAGGUCAUUUUGUUAUACUAUCCACAAGCUCUUCUAUACUUCAGGGGUCACUCUUCACAAUAAAAGUAUUUUUAAAAAUAAAAA